CUGGUGCUGGUGUUGGGGCUUUGUGGGAUGGUGGUCAUUGUUCCUGUGAGCCUUGGGUAGAAAACGUCUGGUGUUAUGCAGAAAGCCCCGCUUCUGCGGGGGUAUAAUAAGAGCUCGGGCACAUGAGCGUCUCAAAGUUAGUCUUGUGAUAUUCUCCCAAACUGAAAGGACUGUACUGCAUCAGAUUCAGCCUCAUCAGUGAUGAAUUCUUUCCAGGAGACUCAAUCUGAUUUGGAGGUGAUCUUAGAGUUCCUAGAGGAGUACUACAGACAAAACACUGGAGACAAUGUGGACAAGAUGUACUGGACUGCAGGUGUGCCUGUAGAUGAAAGAAGUGCACCUGUGGAUGAUGACUCAUGCGAGUGGCACUGGACGUGCUAUGAGCAGCCCAUUACCAAACCUGCACUUCAGCCUUUGCUGGCACGCGACACCCUGCCAGCUCUCAGCCAUAACACAACAGCAACAUUGUCUGAGCGUGGGUUACUGCCAAACUUUGUAUCAGCAAGACAACCUACUAAACACACAGCGGGGAGUGGUGGAAAGGUGCGACUCUUUCACUUUCUGUUUGAGAUGUUGGAGGAUCCGACCAUGGCCCACUGUGUGUCCUGGGUGCCAGCAGCCGCCGGCGUUUUCCGCUUUUCCUCCACGAACAAGGACCAGGUGGCAGCACUGUGGGGGCAGAGAAAGGGCAACAAGAGGCCCAUGACUUACCAGAAGAUGUCCCGCGCCCUCAGGAACUACGCCCGGUCCGGAGAGAUCUUCAAGGUGAAAAAGAAGCUCACCUACCAGUUCAGCCGAGAGACACUGAUGUCACUGCAUAAGUUUCAACAAGGAGAUUUGUUACGUGGACGAGAUUUUGUGUAGCUCAUAUCAUGUCAUAUACAACUCUAAAUGAGCUUUAUCUUUACAUUAUGAAUGUGACAAAUUCACAAAUCAGUUUGGUCAUCUUGAAGUUAGUACAUGCAUUGAGUUGUGGUGUAAAUACUUAAACAGAAAUAAACAUAUUUUAACUCUUACAGUGCUGUCAUUAUUUUAUUAUCUAAAGAUAACUAAAUCAUUGGACUUUGAAAACAGUCACAAUAGGCCAACUACCUGCAAACAUGACUUCUCUUAUAGACAUAAGUAUUUGUUAUUUAAAA